AUGGCUGAACCCAAGGCCACAGAUAUCACGCAAGUGAAUAACCUUCCCGAAUAUGGGUACUCUUCGACCGCAGGACCAGCUUCGGACUCGUCCACGACCAAGGUCAUUCGAAACGCAAAGGCAGCCACAGAGAAGGAGCAGUCUAUGACAUUGCUCCAGGGCAUCCGGCUGUAUCCCAAGGCCGUCUUUUGGAGCGUGCUCAUCUCCACUUGCAUUGCCAUGGAGGGUUACGAUAUCAGUUUAGUGAACAACUUCUAUGCCUUCCCAGAAUUCAAGCGCAAGUAUGGUGAGGCAUUGGGCAAUGGCAAAUAUGAAGUAUCGGCAGCGUGGCAAGCAGGUCUGAGCAACGGUGCCUACUGCGGCGAAAUCAUCGGUUUAUUCAUCAACGGCUGGGCUUCAGAACGUUUUGGUUACCGGUACACGCUUAUGGCCUGCCUCAUACUUGUUAGUGCGUGGACGGCAAUCUUCUUCACGGCCCAAAAUGUGCAAUCCCUACUUGCUGCGGAGAUCCUCUGCGGUAUCCCCUGGGGUGUCUUCCAGACUUUGACAAUUACGUACGCCUCAGAGGUAUGUCCAGUUGCGCUCCGAGGGUAUUUGACGACCUACGUCAAUUUCUGCUGGGGUCUUGGCCAGCUUAUUGGCAUCGGUGUGAUCAAGGGCAUGUUAAGUCGGACCGAUGAAUGGUCCUACCGGAUUCCAUACGGGUUACAAUGGAUGUGGCCGUUGCCUCUUUUCAUUGGUAUUUGGCUUGCCCCCGAAUCCCCAUGGUGGUUGGUCCGGAAAGGCCGCACUGAAGAUGCCAAACGCGCCCUUGUGCGGUUGACCAGCCAAAGCCAGGAGGACUUUGAUCCCGAUGAGACGGUUGCAAUGAUUGUUCACACCACCGCUCUAGAGGAAAAAAUCACCAAGGGAGCUAGCUACCUAGACUGCUUCCGGGGUACCGAUCUCCGCCGCACAGAGGUUGUGUGUAUGGUCUGGGCUAUUCAAAAUCUUAGUGGAAACUCCUUCUCCAACUAUUCGACCUACUUUUUGGAACAGGCUGGGUUGAGCUCCUCGAACUCUUACUCCUUCGCUAUGGGUCAAUACGGCAUUAACAUGGUUGGUGUUUUUGGAUCCUGGUUCCUUAUGAAACUCGGAAUCGGCCGGCGGACAUUAUAUCUAUACGGUCUCUGUGGUCUAUGCACUAUGCUCUUAGUCAUGGGUUUCCUUGGUCUCGUCCCCAAAGAGCACAGGGACCAAGGCUCCCUGGCUACGGGUUCCAUGAUGUUGAUCUGGGCCCUAUUUUACCAGCUGACCGUUGGCACGGUCUGCUUCUCUCUAGUAGCCGAGCUCUCCACCCGCCGGCUGCAAAUCAAGACAGUCGUGCUCGGCCGCAACCUAUACAACAUUGUGGCCAUCAUCUGUGGCGUUUUAACCCCGUACAUGCUGAACCCUGGUGCCUGGAACUGGGCUAACUACGCUGGCUUCUUCUGGGGUGGGAUCUGCUUCCUAUGCAUCAUUUACACAUACUUCCGCGUCCCCGAGCCUUCUGGCCGCUCGUUCGCUGAACUUGACCUGCUCUUCGAGCGGGGUGUCAGUGCACGCAAGUUUGCGACGACCCAGGUGGAUGUCUUCGAUGAGACCAUCGAGAGUCAUGUCAUUGAUGAAUACCGUGCGGAGAAGAACAAUCGAAAUGAUGAGAGCCAGCUGGAGAAAAAUCAUGGCUUGAUAUGA